CGACGUUGUUUGUCUUUUGUCAGUUGUCAGUUGUCACACAGCUCAGAAUUCAGAAAUCAGGGGAGACGGAGUAAAACGUGCGAUGAGAUAUCCCAUUUUGAAUUAAACCUCCCAAAUUACAGCUCUUGUUAUUUUGGUACAGCUUUUAUUGAAAUUUCAAAGUCCAAAUUUCAAUGGAAGACGGAACGUCGACUUGUACUUCUGUUGAUGGAACAGAAGAUUUUGGCGAUAACCCCACCCGAGAUUCGUUGACAGAAGGAAUUUUGAACUUACUGAAACCUACCGUCGAUUGUCUUGAAAACUCCAUUAAAAACACCAGGCAAAGUCAGGCUGAGCUUCGUUCUCAGAUAGAAAAUUUGUCUGCAGAGCUUACUGUGAUAUCACAAAAUCAGCAAUCUCCUAUUGACUUGGAAUCAUACAUUAAAAAACUGUUGGAUGCAAGGAAGAGGAUAACAAUUGUCAACAGCAUCCUUCAAAAUGCUCAGGAUCGCCUGAACAAAAUUCAUCAACUUUCAGCUAAAGAGAUUGUAAAGAGUCAAUCAGUGGAAAAUCCCCCCCAUGAUGGAUAAAAUAGAGACACCAGACCUUUCACACUUAAACAGCACUGAUUAUGAGAAUGUCUAUGAACCGGCUGAAGAUUCCUUUCUGAUGCUUGAUGCACUUGAAUCUGAAAUUCCCUUCAUCAAAUCCCUCAAACCCACCAUCUGUCUAGAAAUAGGUUCAGGAUCAGGAAUUGUGUUAACUGGCUUAGCCAAGUGUCUUGGUUCUUGCUGUGCUUAUUUCAGUAUUGAUAUAAAUCCACAUGCUGCCCAAGUGACUCGUAAAACAGCUUGUAAAAAUUCUGUUAGCCUAGAGGUGGUAAACUGUGAUCUGGUUGGACCUUUAUUACCCCAGAUUCAAAAUAAAGUGGAUGUGCUAGUGUUUAAUCCCCCUUACGUUCCAACGGAUGAAAAUGUAAUAGAUCCAUUGUCACCCAUAGCUCUGUCUUGGGCGGGUGGAUUUCGUGGAAGAACAGUCAUGGAUCGUCUUUUCCCCCUCAUUCCACAAAUUAUGUCUCCUAGUGGCGUGUUCUAUCUGUUAAUUGUAAAAGAAAAUGACGAAGAAGAUAUUUUAAAUGUCAUGAAGUCAUUUAGCUGGCGUGGCUCAGUCAUAAUAGAACGUAAAGCUGGGCGUGAAUUUUUGAAAGUACUUAAAUUUGAACAUGUUAAAGUGUAAACAUCUGUCAACGAUUAAUAAAAACUAGCAAAAGAA